GCAAAUUCUCCCACAGCACGUCAACGCAGUCAGCAAAUCCUUCUUUCAACACCUCUCUCUCUCUCUCUCUCAUUCCUUCCUUCUCCCCCUCUACCCAAUCAUACUCUCUCUCUAUCUCUCUACCCAAUCAAAGCAUGUCGUCCCUACCAUCACCUCCGUGCCCACCAAACUCCUUCCCCUACAACGAAACCCUGUGCGCGUGCAACCCGGGGUGCCUCUACAACGCCACCGCCGCCACCUGCCAGCUGUUCCGUGUGUUCGGCGACGAGUGGGUGACGUCCUCCGGCGUGGACUACACCCUGUCCUUCCCGGAGACCAUAUUCGCGUUCGACUCGAUCAAGAGGUUCACCCAGUCCCAGGCCGUGUUCCUCGAGGCCACACUGGUCCUCCUUCUCUCGUGGCUCGCCUUCUGCUUCUUCGUCCGGCUCGGUAAGCUGCGCGACGGGCGCACCGUCUGGUUCCAGAUCCGGUGGUGGAUUAGCCGCUUGGACAUCUGCUUCGCCACACGCCAUUGGCUCGAUGAUCAGAAGGUUGUUACGAAGCGGAAAACGGAACUUGGUGGAGCUUUCUCAAUGGCAAGUUGGAUUCUAUUUAUUGGUUUAUUUGCCACGUUGCUCUUUCAAACUAUAUCAAAGAGAACGGUUGAGGUUCAUAAUGUGAGAGCAACAAAUGCACCUGAUUUAUUAUCCUUCGCCAAUGACAUGGAAUUCAAUAUUACAACUGUUUCUAGUAUGACUUGUUCACACUUACGUGGCAUUGGUACUUUGGCCAUUGGGAACCCAGGCUUCAUAGACUACAGAGUUGCUCCUCUAUCAUCCUUUGCUAACUAUUCAUGCCUGAACACCACUAUGGGACCAACUAUAGUGUUGAAGUGUGACAAUUGUCAGCUUCUUCGAGACUAUUCGUAUAUAUCAUGGCUGUUUGUUGAUCUUCCAACUAGCCCUGCAGCUGCUGUUGGAUUUCAGUUCAACCUCAGUGCAAAGAACCAUGCCAGUGGAAAACAUUUGAGUUUUGUCAGUGGGAUGGUAAAGAAUGCAAGCAAUAGUGAAGACAGACCGGUUACAUAUAGAGGGCCAGUUCCAAAUGUAUUGAAGUUUAAUUUGUUUCCCCGAAUUUACCGUAACUUGCACGAUCUUAAACUCAUCCAGCCACUAUUUCACGAGUUUCUUCCGGGUUCAUACUAUAGUGAGAUAAGUCAGCUCCAUGCUUCACUUCAAAGCCCUAAUAACGGACUAAUCAAUAUCACUUUGUACGUUGAUUUUCUCUCAGCCUAUGUCGUCGAGGUUGAUAAUCAGAACAUUUUGGGACCUGUGAGCUUCCUUGCUGAACUUGGUGGCCUUUAUUGCAUUAGUAUUGGGAUAUUUUUCUACUUCUUGGUGCAAUGCGAGUACAGAAUCAAGAAGCUCCGUAAUGAGGAUAGUGUGAUGCGAAAGAUUAGAAGUCGGAGAAAAGCUCAAGACCGCUGGGAUAAAUUGAGAAAAUAUGUUAUGUACACGUGGGGUAGCAAAACAUUGGAUGAUGAUUACAGCAAUGUGAGGAAGACAUGUUGCACCACUCUUAUGAUUGAGUCAUUGCCCAAAAGUGGAUCAUCAGUUAAGGGAAGGCGACGAAACAGAACGGACAAUAUGAGUUUUAACAGAAACGUCAUCUUGCCUAGUGAGAAGAAGGCUGUUAAAGAGCAAAUACAGACUCAAGCGGCACAAUCUUGUGUAGGUAAAUCUCCCUCAAACAUGGAAGGGAUGCUUUCAGAUUCAAGAGGGAAACCGGUUCUGGAAAGUGAAGUCUAUCGAGCUGUGAGUAAUGGAAAACAUGAACAUAAUGCUUCGCAUGAGGGUAAUCUCCCUGAGGCUCGAGCAACUUCUACUACUCUCGGUUCUUUGCUUCCUCCACCUCCUACAUUAGAAUUAAAGGGUGGUUCUGAAAUCAGUAUGUCUGACAUCAAAAAGAACUUUGACCGUCUCUACGAGUACAAUGUCAUGCUGAGGGAGCAGUUGGCUGCUGCUCAAUGCAUGCUUCAGUCUUUAACAACGAAAGCCUCAUCUUCAGGAGAAAAAAGCGAAAGAUAGCGUUGCAAAGUACUACCAAGGAGUGAAAGCCACUGAAACUCCAUAAAGCUUAAAUUUUUGCAAACCUUCAAGAAAAAGAAUGUGUUGCAAGUUGACCUUCGGAAGACGAGAUUUAUGGAAUGUCGAAGGAUGUGCAUUUGGAUAUGUCACUAUGGUAGUUACCAUUUACCAGAUCCUGCUUAUGGAGGCGACUCACUGCUUGGGGGGAUUAGUUUAGUCACAGAUCUAUUCGGACGUCAUUCCAUUGUGAUGUUUGAUAUGGAGGACAUUUCCCUCGAUUGUACAUUGUAUUGAAUUUAGUUGUAUUGAAAUUAGGGUUAUUUUUUGUCCUUUUGUUACUUCAUAAAUACAUUUCGGGGGCUUCGGAUCUGAUCUCCAAGGGGUUUGAAAUCUGAAACCAAGAGGCUCUUUGUAAAUUUCUGAGAAUGUAACGAUGUAUAAUAUUGAGAAAGGAAAUAUGAAUACGUUAUGUACCA